CUCCGUCGCGAGAGCAACACCAAUGAUAUUACCUGCUCGCACCAUGUCCCCGCACGGGGCCUUCCACCCUCCCUCACACGCGCACCCAGACGAAGAACCCGUCUCUCGAACCUAUCAAUACAGAAAAGUUAUGAAACCAAUGCUCGAAAGAAAACGUCGCGCCCGCAUCAACCGGUGCCUCGACGAGCUCAAGGAUUUAAUGGUGACCGCGCUCCAAGCCGAAGGCGAGAACGUUUCCAAGCUGGAGAAAGCAGACAUCCUGGAACUCACAGUUCGCCAUCUUCACAGUUUAAAACGCCGUGGACAAUUAGUGCUGAAACCUGAAAUGUCGUACGCGGAACGCUUCCGCGCCGGAUUCGCGCAGUGUGCUACCGAAGUGUCGCAGUUUAUAACAAACGCAACAGUGGCCGCGAACGCUAUGCAUAGACAGGGUCCCGUCGACCCUCAAGCUGGAGCGAGGUUACUGCAGCAUUUAAGCAAUUGUAUACGAAGAUUGGAAACUCCGCCCGUCGUUCAGCCGCAGCCCAUUGCGCCUAAUGGUGUGGCGCGGCCGACACCUGUGCAGGCGAUCGCACCGGCUCCCGUUCCUCCUCAACCGAUGCAGAGGACAGUGUUAACAGAGAGGAGCCUGAAGAGGCCCAUAGAGGAGCCGAUUGACGUGGAAACGAUCGGGCCGAAGAGACAAUACGCGCCGCCCUCGCCGCCGCACAGCCCCGCCUCCGAGACAGACUCCGCCCAGUCGAUGUGGCGGCCGUGGUGACGGGCGCCGGCCGCCGAACCUCGCCUCAUGAUCUCGCAUGCUCUCCAUCCAGGAUUGUGUCAACUGUGUGAUAGUUAAAAACAUUUUGUUGUUUUACCGUUAACGUUCCUAGAACCGAUGUGUGUUAUCGCAUGAACGCUUUGCUUGUUGAAGUUUGUUUUUAAUUUAAUAAAGUUAGUUUUUUUUUCUUGUUCUAAAUUCGUGUUAUUUUUUCGACUUCAACGUCUUCCGCGUCGGGGAUAUGCAUUUAUUGUAAGACACUUUUAAAGUACCGUAAUGUUAGCUGUUAAGUUUAUUACUGUGAUAACUAUUCAUAGUAUUCAGUUAAACUUUGUUAGAACUCUUAGGAUUGUUAGAAUUAUAUAGAGACGUUCACUUAGACUUUAUCGCUAUUAUAGACGAAUAAUAAAGAAUGAGUUGUAUUUAUAAAA